AUGGCCGCAGUAACUGAAACAUCCACUCCGGUGGCCGCUGCCGAUGAAAAGAUCACUCUGAAAGGUCUCGCGCGGGAACCCCUCAAGUCGAAUGGAAGUCUUGAUGCAUUCGAGUCUUUCGAUGUCACCCCGGUCAUUGGACGGGAAUUCCCUAAUGCCAGCCUGAAGGACUUUUUGCGUGCACCCAACUCGGACGAUCUACUCCGGGAGCUGUCCCUGACAAUCUCGCAGCGUGGCGUGGUAUUCUUCCGGAAGCAAGACGGCCUCGAUGACGAUCUUCAAAAAGAACUCGUUCAGCGCCUGGGAGAACUCUCAGGCAAGCCCAGUACUUCAGGGCUCCACAUUCACCCGGUAGUCAACUCCGGACGUGACGAAAGUGUCAAAGACGACGAGAUCAGUGUGAUCAGCUCGGUGCAACGGAAAAGGCUGUACACAGACCGCAACGACCGCAAACAAAGCUCUCGCAGAGAAUGGCACAGCGAUAUCACCUUCGAGCCCAUCCCCAGUGACUACACCCUCCUGCGUCUGACCGAGCUUCCCAAGACUGGCGGCGACACCCUCUGGGCAUCCGGUUACGAGGUCUACGACCGGAUUUCCAAGCCGUAUCAACAAUUCCUUGAGACCUUGACGGCAACAUAUGCCCAACCACGAUUCAACGAAAUUGCCAAGAACAACGAUUUCAAAGUUCACCCUGGUCCACGCGGUGCGCCUGAGAAUGUCGGCGAGGAACUGAGGGCCGAACACCCUGUUAUUCGCACCAACCCUGUCACCGGGUGGAAGAGUGUCUUCGCUGUUGGUGCGCACGUCCAGAAGAUUAAUGAUCUUUCCGAAGAGGAGAGCCGCCACCUUCUUCAGUGGUUCGUUACUCUGAUUGUUGAGAAUCAUGAUCUUCAGGUGCGCCUUCGCUGGCAGAACCCCAAUGAUCUCGCCAUCUGGGAUAAUCGAUCCGUUUAUCAUGCUGCAACUUGGGAUUACGAGGACCAAGGCCCUCGGACCGGACACCGCGCUGUUGGUCUUGGCGAGAGACCUUAUUUGGACCCUAAAAGCAUUGGACGUCGGGAAGCACUGGCUGUUGAUGAAUAG